AGGAGGGGCCGCGGCGCGCGCGAUUUCGGUGAUGCCGGGCGAGGGGGGCCGUGCGCUGCCGCCGCUGCUGCUGUGCGGCUCGGCCAAGCUGCUGCUCUCCGCCGUGGUGUCGUCCGCGUACACCGUGUUCCCGCUGCACGCGGAGGAGGCCGGGCUCGGCGCGGGGGUCCGCGCGGCCGUGCUGUCCGCGUUCCCUGCGGCCUACCUGGCCGGCCUGGCGCCCGCAGGGCGGGCGUGCGACGACCCCGCGCUGCCGCCGCGCGGCCUCUCCGCGGCGCUGGCGGACGUGGCGGCCGGCGCGCUGGUGGCGGCCGGCGCGGGCGAGAGGCUCGCGUACAUGGAGGGGGUCCUGGAGUCCUGCGAGGCACUGGGCUGGAUCCUCGGGCCGCCCGUGGGCGCCCUGCUCUACGCCCGCGCCGGCUUCCCGGCCACCUCCGCGCUGUGGGCGCUGCUGUGCGCCGCGGUGGUGCCCGCGACCGCCCUCGCCGCGGGCGCUGGCGCGGCGCGCCCGGGGGGAGCGUCCCCGCCGCACUCGGGGCAGCGCAAACCGCACGGCGCCCCCGAAGGAGAGGGACGAGGAGGCGGAGGAGAAGAUGCCGUCCAGCCAGCAGAGCCUUGCCGACCUCGGGGCCGCGCCGACAGGGGGGGAGGCGGCGGGGCUCGCGGCCAGCGGCGCGCACGUCUUCGCCUACGGCCUCGGCAGCGGGGCCAUGUACGCGGGGCUGGCGCUGCGGGGCCGGGCGCUGGGCCUGGGCGCGGGCGCCACGGCGCUGCUGCAGCUGCUCGUGGCCGCGAGCUACCUCGUGGGGGCGCCGCUGGUGGGCAGGGGCUGCGACGGCUGCUCGCCGCGCGGCCAGUGGAGCGCAUCACGGCGGCUGGCUGGGGCGUCCUGAUCGUGGCGUUCGCUGGCCUGUCCGAGGAGCGUCGCGGGGAGGGCCGCCACUGGUGGCCGCCUCGCUGCUUCUCCUGGGCGCGGGGGAGGCGUGCGUGCUGGUCCCGUCCUACCCCCUGCUCACGGCUGCUGCGCCGGCCCGUCCCUGGCCGCGCGCAGCGGGGGUCUCCCGGAUCUCCGACGAUGCUGUUUUCGUUCGCUCUUGGCAUGGCUCCUUGA